CGUGGGCACAUGAAACAGGAUUGCAGUUAUUUCUAAUGGAAGAAAAUAUUCUGAAAGGUCACCAUGAUUUGCUUAAUCCAGGAGAGGAAGGGGAACAGGACAUAUUUGGUUAUAAGUCCAGUCGCUGCCGCAGUGUCCUGUUUAUCAUAGGAUCUGUCCUAACCUGUGGAUUUCUGCUGCUUCUGUUUUACUGGAGGCCCGAAUGGGAUGUCUGGGCUAAGUGUAUUCAGUGCACUCUGCAAGAAGCUGACAUUGUACUGCUUAGAACAACGGAUGAAUUUAAAAUCUGGACUAAGAAGAAAGUAAUGUGGAUUCACUUGCCUUUAGUCAGUGACCCUGCAAGAGCUGAACAACAACAUUCGCUUCUCUCUGAUGAGACAUCAUUGCUGCACAGAAUCAUCAUGAAACCUGAUUUAAAAGUACGAUAUAUUGAAAUUAAAAAGAUCAGGUACAUUUGGGACCUUAAUGAAAAGCAGUUCGUUAGAGCUGAAGUACUGGAAGACAGCCAGUCCUGUGCUGGUAUUUGUUAUACAUUUGGCUCUGGAUUGACAACCACAGAAGAAACUAUCAGGAGGUUAAUAUUUGGACGUAAUACAAUUGAAAUCCAAAUUGCUCCCAUUUGGAAGCUACUUUGUAAAGAGGUUUUAAAUCCAUUUUAUACAUUUCAAAUAUUUAGUGUGUGUCUGUGGCUUUCCGAGGAUUACACAGAAUAUUCAGUUGCACUCAUAAUUAUGUCACUCAUUUCCAUUGCCUUUUCUGUGUAUGAUGUGCGUCAGCAAUCUAUAAAGUUGUACAAACUUGUGGAAACUCACAAUAACAUGAUGGUCACCGUCUGCAGAAAAGAUGGAGCAUAUGAGAAAGUGCCAUCAAGCGAGCUGGCACCUGGUGAUGUUUUUUUAGUUAUGGGCAAUAAGCAAAUAUUGUCCUGUGAUGCCGUACUAAUCCAUGGAGGCUGCAUUGUCAAUGAGAGCAUGCUUACAGGUGAAAGUAUUCCUGUAACAAAGACACCAUUGCCAAGCAUAGCUAUCCCUUGCUGUUGGAAGGGCUCGACUGAAGAUUACAAGCGCCACAUCCUUUUCUGUGGAACCCAAGUGAUUCAGUCAAAGGCAACAGGCCAGGGUGAAGUAAAAGCUGUUGUCUAUCGAACAGGUUUUACUACUACCAAAGGGGAGUUAGUGAGGUCCAUUAUGUUCCCAAAACCAAUGGACUUCAAACUAUAUCAAGAUGCCUUUCGAUUCCUGGUAUGCCUGACAGUUAUUGCAGCAAUUGGGAUGAUCUAUUCAGUCUGUAUCCUUGUGCUAAAUGGGGUACCAGCAGGGAAAAUCGUGAGGAAAGUAUUAGAUGUGAUAACUAUUGCUGUAUCUCCUGCCUUACCUGCUGCUGUGACUAUAGGCAUAAUAUACGCCCAAAAAAGACUGAAGAAUAAGGGAAUCUUUUGCAUUAGCCCACAGAGGAUCAAUAUUUGUGGACAGUUGAACCUUAUCUGCUUUGACAAGACUGGAACACUGACUGAAGAUGGAUUGGAUUUGUGGGGCUUAGUAUCAACAAAAGGGAAAGGUUUACAGAAUAUAUUCAAGUUUAGCAGUGGAGAUAUGUUACCAUGGGGGCCGUUUUUGGGUGCUAUGGCCAGUUGUCACUCCCUGGUCCUCUUAGACAACACUCUUCAAGGUGACCCACUGGACUUAAAAAUGUUUGAGACCACUCACUGGGAGUUGAAAGAAAAUACAAUGUUAAAGCAGCAAAAUGAGGAAGCACAUUCAUUUAUUGUCAAACCAGGACCUACAGCUAAUAAGGUAUCAAAAGAAGGAAUUAUAGUCCUGAAGCAAUACCCAUUCUCACCAGCACUGCAGAGAAUGUCAGUUGUAACCCAAGUGAUUGGAAAAGAAAAACUGACUGUCUACCUUAAGGGAGCACCAGAGAUGGUUAUUCAUCUUUGUAAACCUGAAACAGUUCCACGGAGUUUCUCAACUGAACUACAGCGUUACACGAAGCAGGGUUUUCGAGUUAUUGGAUUUGCAUUUAAGUCUCUUUGGAAUGGCAGAGACAUCACAGUAGCCAAUUUAAAAAGGGAAGAUGUGGAAUCUGACCUAGUAUUUCUUGGGUUACUGAUUCUGGAGAACAAACUGAAACCACAGACAAUUCCUGUUCUAUCUGAAUUGUCCAAUGCCAGGAUUCGAACAGUUAUGAUCACAGGCGAUAACUUGCAGACAGCUGUUACAGUGGCGAGAAAUGCUGGGAUGAUUCCAUUAACUCACAAAAUCAUUUUAAUUGAAGCCUCAAAAGCAAAGGAAUCAGUUCCAGCUGUCAUCAGCUGGAAGUUAAUGGAAAAUGGCAAGAACAAUGAUCAGAUUUGUACUGAUGAAACCAAAAUUCCUAUAGAUGGGUUUGAAAAGAAAAACUUCCAUUUUGUUAUGACUGGAAAAUCCUAUGACAUUUUAAUACAACACUUCUAUCAUUUACUACCUAAGUUGCUUAUAAGUGCUACAGUUUUUGCCAGAAUGUCACCAAACCAGAAGGGGAGCCUGAUAGAGGAGUUUCAAAAAUUGGAUUAUUAUGUGGGAAUGUGUGGAGAUGGUGCAAAUGACUGUGGGGCUUUAAAGACGGCUCAUGCAGGGAUCUCACUGUCUGAACAAGAGGCCUCUGUAGCUUCACCGUUUACCUCAAAAAUUCCCAAUAUUGACUGUGUUCCACAUCUUAUCAAGGAGGGAAGGGCAGCACUGGUCUCCUCAUUUUGCAUAUUUAAGUAUAUGGCUCUCUACAGCUUGAUCCAGUAUGUUGGGGUUUUGUGUCUGUACUGGGAAGCAAAUACUUUCGGGAAUUAUCAAUUUUUGUUUGAGGAUCUGGCUAUUACAACAUUUAUUGGUAUCACAAUGAGCUUUAAUCAUGCACAUCCACAGUUGGACCCGAAUCGACCCCCUGGCCAACUUAUAUCUCCACCUUUGCUGCUGUCAGUUAUUCUCAAUGUUAUCCUUAGCCUGGUUUUACAUGUGUUUGGAUUCAUAAUGGUUCAGCAACAACCUUGGUACACACAAACAGAUAUAUACAGAGCUUGUAAACCCACAAACCUAACCUAUGAUGACAUUACUACACCUAACAAGACAGCAGAUGCUACUGCCAUCUCCCUGGCACGAAAUAAAGAUAGCUAUAGGAGUUAUGAGAAUACCACUGUGUUCCUUCUAUCUCUUUUCAACUGUAUAACAACAGCAAUUGUAUUCAGCAAAGGAAAGCCCUAUCGAAAACCAAUCUAUACUAACUAUAUUUUUAUGAUUGUCCUUUUGGCUCAGGUUGGAACAUGUCUGUAUUUCCUUUUCGGUGAACAGGAUACUUUAUAUGAUGCACUGGAUCUUGUUUGCACCCCAAGAAGCUGGAGGGUUUACCUACUAGUUUUGGUUCUUGUUCAUUUUUUUGUUACAAUGACCGUUGAGGAAAUUAUAAUAGAAAACAGAUGCCUCUGGGUGUUCCUAAAAAAGUGUUGCAAAGUAAAAUCUACACAGCAUUACAAGAAGAUGCAAAGAAUAAUAGCGAAAGAGCCAAACUGGCCCCCAGAAAGUGAUACAGAAUGUGCAGCAUUUUGUAUCAUGGGUGAAGAAACACUGGAAGCAUAUUCUAAUCAGAGUUACGAACAUGACAAAAUCUCUACAAAGGCAUCAAAUGGAUUUGCAAGUUCCACUUCAAGGCAAAAUGAGGAUGGAAGCUACAAGAAAGAUGACAUUUAAAAUACUUAUUGAUAACACUGCAGCAAAUCUUAGUUUUGCAUUGUGGCAUAUUCCACCAGUAAACCUUUCCAACUGACUAACAGUCUUUGGUAAAUAUGUUUUAUUAUGAAGUGCACUAAUGAAUGUGGGAUUCAUGUAAAUGAUUUUUAAAGUAAUUAAAUUAAUUUCCAUAUG